AUGGAGAACACACUGGACCAGAACACACUGGACCAGAACACACUGGACCAGAACACACUGGACCAGAACACACUGGACCAGAACACACUGGACCAGAACACACUGGACCAGAACACGCUGGACCAGAACACACUGGACCAGAACACGCUGAACCAGAACACGCUGGACCAGAACACACUGGACCAGAACACACUGGACCAGAACACGCUGGACCAGAACACACUGGACCAGAACACGCUGGACCAGAACACACAGGACCAGAACACACUGGACCAGAACACACAGGACCAGAACACGCUGGACCAGAACACGCUGGACCAGAACACACAGGACCAGAACACACUGGAUCAGAACACACUGGACCAGAACACACUGGACCAGAACACACUGGACCAGAACACACUGGACCAGAACACGCUGGACCAGAACACACUGGACCAGAACACACUGGACCAGAACACACUGGACCAGAACACACUGGACCAGAAAACACAGGACCAGAACACACUGGACCAGAAAACACAGGACCAGAACACACAGGAUCAGAACACACUGGACCAGAAAACACAGGACCAGAACACACUGGACCAGAAAACACAGGACCAGAACACACAGGACCAGAACACACAGGACCAGAACACACAGGACCAGAACACACAGGACCAGAACACACUGGACCAGAACACACAGGACCAGAACACACUGGACCAGAACACACAGGACCAGAACACACUGGACCAGAACACACAGGACCAGAACACGCUGGACCAGAACACGCUGGACCAGAACACGCUGGACCAGAACACGCUGGACCAGAACACACUGGACCAGAACACGCUGGACCAGAACACGCUGGACCAGAACACACAGGACCAGAAAACACAGGACCAGAACACACUGGACCAGAACACACUGGACCAGAACACACUGGACCAGAACACACUGGACCAGAACACACAGGACCAGAACACACUGGACCAGAACACGCUGGACCAGAACACACUGGACCAGAACACACAGGACCAGAACACGCUGGACCAGAACACGCUGGACCAGAACACGCUGGACCAGAACACGCUGGACCAGAACACGCUGGACCAGAACACGCUGGACCAGAACACGCUGGACCAGAACACACAGGACCAGAACACACUGGACCAGAACACGCUGGACCAGAACACGCUGGACCAGAACACACUGGACCAGAACACACUGGACCAGAACACACUGGACCAGAACACACUGGACCAGAACACACUGGAUCAGAACACACUGGACCAGAACACGCUGGACCAGAACACGCUGGACCAGAACACACUGGACCAGAACACACUGGACCAGAACACACUGGACCAUCAAAGCCUCCGACCAAACACCCUCCACUCGUAA